UUACUGGGAUCUGUACUAGAAACAUACUUUCUUUCUAAAUUAUUUAGUUUUUUGGCUUAUUGACUAGGGUUGUACUACGCGCAUCAGUAGUACCACAGUAAAAUAUCAACAGUAAAACAAUACAAAUACAAAGAGUAAAAAGCAAAGAAUCACAGAAUAAUCGUUCAGGCUGAUGUCAUGAGCCCAUCUCUGAAAGGCUCUGGUGGCAGCCCAGAUUGCCUGAAUGGGCAGGUGGGGAGCAUAAACAGUUCCAAAGUGUGGAACAUCACAGGAAAAGCACAGUUACAAGUCUCUUACUGUACAUACCCACAUACAUCAAAAAAUGGGGAGGAGGUAUCACAAGAAGUUAUCCUGAGGUGUUUAAGCCAGGUUGGUCGACACUGGGUAGGGAAGGCAUUUGGGGAAGUGCUCUGGUGUCAAGUCCACAUACAGCUCUAAAGAUCAAAACUAGCAUUUUUGGAUUGUACAUGGAAGCUAAAGGCUGGCUGGGGAAUUCUGGGAGUUGAUGUCCACACAUCUUAAAGUUGUCGAGGUUGAGAAACACUGCUCCAGGGGUUGUGUCACCUCUCCAGAACAGACGCUAUCGUACUUCUGAUAUCCUGCCAUCUCCUAGUUUGGAAGAGAAGAAAGGACUAGUCUACUGCACCAUUAGGCCUUUUGAAACCAUUGUUUUGGCCAUAUCAAUAUUAUUACCAUCUUCCUGUGAUAGGAGGCUCCUAAGAGGAAACCUUCUACUUAUCAAUGCACGACCAAUGGGUUAUAUCCUUCAUCGUGACCUCAUGGUUUAAGCGGGCAUAAAGAUGAGUAUAAGCAGUGAUGAGGUUAACUUCCUCGUAUAUAGAUAUUUGCAAGAGUCCGGGUUUUCUCAUUCAGCAUUUACCUUUGGUAUCGAGAGCCAUAUCAGCCAGUCCAACAUCAAUGGUGCUCUGGUGCCCCCAGCUGCUUUGAUUUCAAUAAUUCAAAAAGGCCUGCAGUAUGUAGAGGCAGAAGUCAGUAUUAAUGAGGAUGGUACUUUGUUUGAUGGUAGGCCGAUAGAGUCUCUCUCGCUGAUAGAUGCCGUGAUGCCCGAUGUGGUGCAAACAAGACAGCAGGCGUACCGAGACAAGCUUGCUCAGCAGCAGGCGGCCGCAGCAGCGGCAGCAGCUUCAACAAAUCAACAAGGAUCUACAAAAAAUGGUGAAAAUACUGCAAAUGGAGAAGAAAAUGGAGCCCACACUAUAGCAAAUAAUCACACAGAUAUGAUGGAAGUGGAUGGCGAUGUUGAAAUCCCUCCUAACAAAGCAGUGGUGCUGCGGGGUCAUGAAUCUGAGGUUUUCAUCUGCGCAUGGAACCCUGUCAGUGAUCUUUUGGCCUCAGGAUCUGGAGAUUCAACAGCAAGAAUAUGGAACCUUAGUGAAAACAGUACCAGUGGAUCUACACAGCUGGUGCUUCGGCACUGUAUACGAGAAGGAGGGCAAGACGUACCAAGUAACAAAGAUGUAACAUCUCUGGAUUGGAAUAGUGAAGGUACGCUCCUAGCAACGGGGUCAUAUGAUGGUUUUGCAAGGAUAUGGACUAAAGAUGGUAAUCUCGCCAGCACAUUAGGACAGCAUAAAGGUCCCAUAUUUGCAUUAAAAUGGAAUAAGAAAGGGAACUUCAUUUUAAGUGCAGGUGUGGACAAGACCACAAUUAUUUGGGAUGCACAUACUGGAGAAGCCAAACAGCAGUUUCCUUUCCAUUCUGCACCAGCGUUAGAUGUUGACUGGCAGAGCAACAACACAUUUGCCUCCUGUAGUACAGAUAUGUGUAUUCAUGUCUGUAAGUUAGGUCAAGAUAAACCCAUCAAAACCUUCCAGGGCCACACAAAUGAAGUAAAUGCAAUCAAAUGGGAUCCCACUGGUAAUCUUCUGGCUUCUUGUUCCGAUGACAUGACUCUAAAGAUCUGGAGUAUGAAGCAAGAUAGCUGUGUUCAUGACCUGCAAGCCCACAACAAAGAAAUUUAUACUAUCAAAUGGAGUCCUACAGGGCCAGGAACAAACAAUCCAAAUGCCAAUCUUAUGUUAGCAAGUGCAUCCUUUGAUUCUACGGUCAGGUUGUGGGAUGUAGACCGAGGGAUUUGCAUCCACACCUUGACGAAACAUCAAGAACCUGUGUACAGUGUAGCUUUCAGUCCUGAUGGUAGAUACCUGGCCAGUGGAUCUUUCGACAAAUGUGUACACAUCUGGAAUACACAGACGGGUGCUCUGGUGCAUAGUUAUCGGGGAACAGGAGGCAUUUUUGAGGUUUGCUGGAAUGCAGCAGGAGACAAAGUUGGAGCGAGUGCUUCAGAUGGUUCAGUUUGUGUACUAGAUCUACGGAAAUAGCGCUACUAGUUGGAAGCCAUGGACCGACUAUGAAUGUGUACAUAGCCAAAAUGACUGUCCCCAUGACCCACGUACUGCUCUUGUCCCAACUGAACCAUGGCCAGUCCACUACAGCCAAACCCGAAAUAAUUAAAUACAUGUACUGUACAUUUUUUUUUAAAAAAAGCAAACGAUUAUACCCUGAAGAAGAUGACAGAGUGAUGUCACAGCUUGUGAAGCCUGUUCACCAAGUGCUGGAAUUUGCUGCAGACCCCCCAAAAUUUGGAAGUGGGAGGAAAUUUAAAAAAAAAAAAAAAACCAGGACAAGAGAGAAAGAGAACCGAAUUAUACAAGCAGCCCUUUGAGAGUAUCAAAUUGAGGAAAGCAAUGUAUGACUUUUUUUUCCCACUUUCUUCUUUCUCCUCUUUCUUUUAUUUUCACCCUUCUUGAAACUUUGAAAGAUUUUUUUUUCCUUCCUUUUGAUCCUGCCCCCAGAUAGGUAAUGAGCAGUUUUCAUGUACAGGGAAAACAGACUUGCAUAGCCCUGCAACAGUGAUUGGUUCAUUGCUUCUUCCCACCAUGCUCUUAAGUUUUACUGAUGCUCAAAGCGAGGAUAUGAAAUUCCUUCUAGGUGAUGGUAGAUCUUUUCACCAAGAAUUGGAGGGAGGGGAAUCCUUUUCAGCAGUUCUUCAGAAUUCCUCAUUAUUGUUUAACUGUAUAGACAUCUGGCAAGUGUUAUGUGUAUCUGCUCCCAGUUUAGAUAAGGAGAGGGAAAACAAAACACAUCCUGACAAAGGAGGAUCUACAUUCCUUUAUCUUUUCAUCAGAUCCAGUAGUUACGGGCUUGGACGCUGCACCUUGGAUUCUUAUUAGUGAUGACCGUUCCAAAAAGCAGCAGUCCCUGACUUGAGACAUUUCUCCCAAGCCUAAGAGGGUACAAAAUGUAAGAGGGCACAAAAACUAAGACUGAGAUAUUUGGAAUAUGAUGCCCACAGUAGGGAAUACGUCACUGGAUUUGUGAGCCUGAUGGUGUGGGGAGUGGGCCCUUCUGUACCCAGAUCCUGGGGGAGGGAGUGGUAGAUCUUGAUGGGAGAUAGGCUCAGGUAGUCCCAUCUCCUAUGGUCUGUACAUUCCAAGUUUAAGCAAAAGAUAACAAAACUUGAAAAACUGGAUCCUCUCUUUCUUCAAAAGCAUGAUCAUCGUCCAUUUGGGUAGUGAUGUGAAAAGGAACAAGCUGGUGGCAAGACAUAAAGGGCUUGUGUCACGCUCAGUUUGGUCAAAUGUUUCUGCUGCCACCUCUGUACGAAUUUUCCCCAUUUUUACUCCAUAUAACCAAAUUCCCAGUUGAAAGUAUUUCGACCUUUGGGGACAGCACUUAAUUUUUUUUUCCUUCAUACAAAAAUACAUCCGAGGCCUCCUUGCUAAGAUUUCUGAAAUAGGGCAAGAAGUUUACUGUCUUCAGAUACUGAUCCACUAGAAACUCUCCCCUCCCCGGCAAAACAUGUUGAACAGGGAACUGAACAGCAUUGCAGCAGUGCUUAAGAUCCACUGUGCUGGCGAAGUUCCCAGUGAACAGCUCCUCUUUUCCUCUAAGUGGAAAGAAAGGAGGAACAUCCCUGGCAAAAUUCUUGCUUUAUGCUUCUUUAAAUACCAAGUGAUUGAACUUCCGUACAAGAAAACAGCCUUGCACUAAUUUUACCCUGUUGCUCCCAUCUCACCAUUUUUCUUUUUCCUUUUCUGUGUUCUUGUAUCCUUUCUCUUCACUCCACACCACACUUCAAAUUUAGGUUAAGUGUAAGUUGCUAUUUGUUUUUACGGAGACAAUAUGAUCACUACUUUAAAGUGUCUUGUUUCUGAUACCAAGUCUUGCUUUUCCUUUCUUCAUGGCAAGAGGGGUAUCUGGCCAACAAGCCAUCUGCUCAUGUUUGAUCAAAAGUGGUAGCAACGGUGGGAUGCUUUUUGCGAAGGUACAGCAGAAAGGCAGACCUGUUCCACUCCCGUUGAUGCUUCAUGUCCUAUGCAGCUUCCAACUUCUUAAACAAAAAGAUGUUCAGGGUUUUUAAGAUUUCACCUGAUUUUUACUUAAAGGAAUGCUUUGUACUCAUUUGCUUUGCAGGGGCCUCCAUUUUAGAUCGCCAUUUAGAUUGUCACAGCAACACAAUGCAGAAAUACUAAACUUCUAAUCUUUUCCAUUUUUGCUACUUCUUUCAAUAGGCAGUAUAGCAUAUAAACACAAAGCAUGGGCCUCCUUUGAAGAUGAAAAUCGAUCCCCUCUUUAUUUGUAAAUUUUACACCAUUAUUGAAUUCCCCUUUCCCUCCUUCCAAUGAGGGUUUGUUUUUUGUUUCUUUUGAGUGUAUGUGUUUCUAGACAUUACAAUGUGUGUUUCCUUUCUUUACAUCAUCAGGCAGGGAAAUGCACACCAAAGCUUAAUUGACUUAAGGCCCAGCUUAAGAGCUAGAUUACAAGGAAAGAACUGCUGCUUCUGCAGUAACCCCACUUUCUUUAUAAGACUUAGCUCAAUCUUUCAUAUUCCAUUGUGGCUUGUGCUAAAUUAAAGAAGUGCAUCCCAUUUCUCCUCUUUUAUGAAGUACGUUCUUUCAGCAUUGACUUCUGCUACCUCUGUGUGCAUGCCCAGAAGCUAGAUUUUGAAGCAAGUAGAGUUCUGCUUGAUAAGGCAACCACAGCCAUUUUAGCUGACUUUUAAUACACUAUCAUGGUUACUCUUAAUGGGGGAUUAUAAAGUUAUGCACAGCAUAGUGAGAGAAGAAAAGGAAAAUUUAUACCCCUAAGAACAGUCAUUCCAUCUAAUGAUACCUCUGUAUUAACUGUUUAUAGGGUUUGGGAAUAGGCUUAAGAGGUUAAGAAUAAAUUUCCCUGUGAAUUACAGUAUGUAAGAAACUUAACCUGUUGAGUAUCUGGCACUUGAAAAACCUUGCUUUUUACCGCUAGAGGUCCAGGACUGUGGCUGACCUCUGUCAUUAUUAAAAUAAUUUUUUAAAAGUUUAAAAUAUGUAAAAAAAAUCUGUGCAAUAAUUUUAAACUGUGCUCCCAGGAAUAGACACAAAUGUGUUUUUUUUUGGGAUUUUUAUUUUGAGUAUAUUUAAACAGCAUUUUCUUUUCCUUUAGCAACACAAAUGUCAAUUGCACUGAACUUAAAUCUUUUAAAAAAAGUCAGAGGUGAUUCUUGAUAGUACUUUUGUAUUUUGAUAUGGACAGUCUGUUCGUUUUUCAUACAAGCUCUUGAACUGAUGUUUCAGCUUACUUCAGAAAAAGUGUAUUAAAACGAGAUGGUGUUUGAAGUCUUUUGACACAGCUGCAAGAUUCCACAGCAACGUUCAUAUUUCUGGUUUUGCAACUGUUUAGCUCUCGUUCUUUUGGUUGGUUGGUUGGUUUGAUCCUAGCCAUUUAAGUAUGAUAUAGCAUGUAGACUUUAUUGAAGCUGCAUUAUCACAGCUGUGUUAUCAACCAAAUCCUGGGCUGAUUUCCUCUCCUUUUUACAUAAUUUUGCUUUUAACACAAUUUAAGGAAGACUGUUAUUUUUGUGGGCCAGAUGCUCAGUCUUGCUUUUGAGUUCCACAAGCCACAUUCCAAACUCCAAGCCCCAUGCCAGACAAGAGGGAGCUUUAUUUCCACAACCUGUAAACCCCCCCCCCCCAGGCUUUCUAUGUUUCAUCCCACCAGAAAUCAUCACUGUUAGGAGUAUUCUGUAGGAAACAGGAUGGUAGCCUUUGGCUGUGUUGCAGAGAUUUCCUUUUAUCAGAUCUGUUUGUAUUGCAUAGCUUUCUUUUCUUCCCCCCACCCUGCAGCUUCCCUGUCCUGUAUCAUCCCAUAGCAUGGGUCACUGAAGGGGAGGAAAAAGUGAAGGGAGGAGACAGCAGCACACCUUUUAAAAACAGGUGUUGCGGUUGGGAAAAGGGCCAGAUGUAUUGUGGCGUUUGUGUUGACAGGCAUUGAACUGCAGGCCUGGAACUCUCCAAUUUUGGGGCUGCUGUCCUUUGAUCAAUGUGCCACAGUGCUGCUCCAAUUUUGAACUGCCUUCCUUCUCCUUUUCAGUAGGAGACAAAACUUUCAGAAUGUGGUAUGAAAAGAAAAGAGAUUAGCACAAUAAAAAGAGCAACUUGAACAGCCAAGGCAGAGCGAACAGAAUGAAAAAUCUCCAAUGAUGUUGUUCCUCAUUCCAGGGUAGAACUACACAUUAGGUCUCUCCACCUUGUGUGUUUUUGCAUGCUAGCAGAGAUGUGGAGGGCAUUUGUGAGAAAUAUCACACAGUGUUAAUUAACCGUUGCUUAAUCUUUCAUUCACUCUUCCACCACUGUUUUUAACUUGUGUGCCCAUGCAGGUUCUAAAAGCAGAAGUAAGUCUGGUUGCAGGGAGCAUUGGUAAAGAUGGGAAGAGUCAGAUCCCUCUUCAUGGAACCUAGUCUCCCCUGUAAGAGUUCUUCCAUUCAAAUGACUUGAGCAAAUACAGCUUUAGGAAUAUUAAUUUCCCAUGGUUUGAUUCCACCCUGAUACUGGUUAAGGUCUAGAUCUGGCUUCUGCAAUCUGAUGCCCUUGGAUGCAUUGAACUACAGCUCCCUGAAUUCCCAAUCCCCAUGACUAGAGUUUGGAUUUUGCCAAGACUAAGGAAGCUGAUUUAUGCUUGGGCACGCCAUGAAGAAAAAUCCAAAGCAUGGGUUGAAAUAGGCUUCAUGGCUGUUAACAGCCUGCGUAAAAUGAACAUUCAUUCUAGGAAUGACACAGCCAGAAAAUGUUUUUAAAGCCAUUUUUAUCAACUACUACAGUGGUUGAAGUUUGUUGGAUUGUUUUUAAAGUAGCUUGGCAUUUUGUAUAAGUUUUAAGUGGAAAAAAAUUGGGGGACACUUGUUAUGUCUUGGGACAGACGGCUGAGGUGUUUUCAUGGGCAGCAAGGGUGACAUGUAAACAAUAAGUGGAAGCGUACCUCCACUGUUGUCGAAAUGUUUUGACAAGACAUUGACCGUUAGGAUGUGGCUAUGAUGCAACUUCUGUCUCUAUUUUCCUUAGUACAUUGGGUUAAAACUAUUUAGGGCAUGCUUCCCCAACCAGGUAACCCUAUGGUUAUAGUGGGAAUACAAUUCCUAGAGUUUGCAGCGAACUGGCAGUUGUAGCUCCAAUAGAUCUUGGGGCCACCAGCUGAAAGAAGGCUAGUUUAGGCUUCUUGUUGUUACCUGUGAAAGCAUUACUUUGUUGAUUGGCUAUUAAAUAUUUUAAAUUCACAGUGAGGCCUCUAGCUCUGAGCCUCUUUUUGAAAACUUGGUUUCAAAUCAGUCUGUGGUUUGGGAGGCAAGGUGAAAUUAAAGUACCUCGCAUCCAGGAAAAACAAUCUGAAAACUGCUUGUUGAUUUUUAUGGUAAGCUAAAUGUGAUGGAAAAGGACCAAAAGUUUAUACCAAUUUUAAUUUUCUUUACUGGUUUUCUACAAUGCUAAUGUGUUUAAGAAACAUUCAGCAGCUUUAUAUUUCCUAAGUUCUGGAGUAAAUAUAUGUAACGCCUAGGUCAUGUCCUGCAUUUUUAUGCUGUGGCAAUAGCUUUUUGGAACAACAGCAAAACUGCAGCUUUGCAAAACUGUCAUUGGUCAUGUAUGGUUCCUUAAGAAAAAGAGAUGCUUAAACUACAGCCUUUCCAUGAAACACAUAAUUUCAAAGGAGGGGAAAAGCGUUGGAUAUUUAGAUGCCCUUCUCCAGUUCUAGUUGUGGGAGAAGCUCCCAUGUUAAAAAACACCACAGAGAUCUGUGUGCAUGAGAAGCAGUGAGCAAAAAUUAACAUUGGCUAGGCGAGGGCAUCUGGAACCUGGGGAUUUUGGAAUGGAUUUGAAAGGUACUUCUGGAAUCAGUAAGGGGAAGACAGUUAAUUCUGAAUUUUCCCAAAAGGGGGCAGCAUUGUGGCACAUGGGCACAGACAAAAACUUCAUAGUUAUGUCUGAAGGGAUUGAUGUGCAGACAGGCUAAAGGACCAGCCCAUACCAGUAAUAGACGAGCCCACAUCCUCUUGACUUUAUUCCAUACUGCAUUCUGACUUUCCCCAUCUGGUGUCAGUUGCCCAACUGCAGUCCUGCUUCUCUCAAAUAGCCUCCUUUAAAACACGUGUUUCGUUGGCUUUCCGCAUGUCAAGAUUUAUGUGUAGAAGUUGAACAGAGAGAGCAGAAGACACCUAAAGACAGCUCUAGGUUUGGGCAGCAGCAAAGGUUUUUGAGAUUAAGCGCUUUGAAUCUACUAUUCGGAGGGAAACCUAUCGCUUUUCUGGUCUUUCCCUAGAUACUGACCGAUGCCUAAUUGUCAAACUCAUGAAAAACCACAGCCACAGAUGUCAAUGCUGCAAGAGCUGUCCAGCCAUUUAGGUUCCAAAUGUUGAGGUCAAUAAAACAAAAGCAUGAUUUUACCACCACCUGAGCUGCUGCUUUCCUUGUUGUUUUUUCCCCCCUUUUUCCAUUUGUGGAUAAAUUCAGGAAAACCUUCUGUUUAGUUAUGGCUUCUCUGGUGUGCUUUGCAAUCUUGUUUCUUGACAGGCUGCGGUGAACAGGUCCGUGACCUAUAACACAAAAGCAAUCUCAUUUUUUUUUUUUUCCUUUCUCCUGCCCACGCCUUCUCCUUCUCUCCUGACUUUGACAUUGUAGUUGUAAAAAGGUUCGAUCCAGAGUUGCAAAUCUUUGGGGUCUACUUCGUGAUCCUCCAUCUAUAGCACUGGAUAAAAAUGUCUACCCCAUUUCUUCGGUUAUAUAUCCAGUUAAAUUACAAACGUGUACCAGUGUAAAACCAGCCCAUGUGACAGUUUUUUUUUCCUCUGCUUUUUUACUUGUUCAGAAAGACUUCAUUGUUCAGUUUUCAUGAUUUAUUGUCUAAAGAAGACCGAUAUAGAUGUUCUAUACUGUCCUGGACCCAUGUUAAUUACACCUUUUAUGAUGUACUUUGGUUCCACGUCACAAUGAUUUUGUCCCCACCCCCAAAAAGCUCUUUCUUAAUCCUUUUCCAGGCACAUUUUUCUGUUGCAGGUUUCCCUUUGCAUUGUAUUGCUCUGACAAGUGUAAUUUGAAUCAGAUCUGAAAGAGGUCCAGAAUAAAAUAUAUUUUGAUACGA